AUGGCGCUCCGUGCCGCCGUGCGCAGGGGCCUCCGGCGCUGCAGCAGCAAGCCGGGGUGGGCGCCCCCGGCCGUCGGGGCGGACCUCCACAAGCUGCAGGCAGCAAGGUCCAGCUUCCAGAGUCUGGGGCACAGCGUGAAGAGCUUCUCUCCCAGCACCUACUUCGAGGAGAAGUACUUCUGGCAGAAGGCCAACGUGGGCCCCUUCUUCCUCUUGCUCUUCUGCACCCCCGUCAUCUACCGUUCCUUCAAGGACUUUUACUGGACCCGUCAGCUGAGGAAGCUCAACACGGAGGAGGUCAUCGCAGACCGUUAUCAGUGGCUCAAGCUCGGCAUGCUCCAGGACGAGGUCGACGCCGUGCUCCUCAAGCAGGUCCCCGCGUCGGGCGUGGCGCCGCUGGUGCUGGGGCCCUGCCUGCCGCCGUGAGGCCCGCCGCCGCCGCGAGGCCAAGAGGGCCGAGGCGCACAGGCGGCGCGCGCCCUGGUCGGGCGCCAUUUCUUUCUCCGGCUUCUUCGAGGCCGGGCCCCUUCCCAGCUGCCCUCCCCCCCCCGAGGAGGGGUAGGAGGUAGCUCAGGCAGGCGCGAACGCGGACCCAGGUCCCAUGUCACCGUCCCACCACCACCCGCGCAGCGCGGCGCUGGGGGCGGCUGCCAGGGCGUAUACAGCAGGUGCAGGAAAGGUACACGUGGUUCAUUCCCUAGUUCUUCCGAAGUUCUUCGAUUGUGUCUUGGGGG